AUGGAGGAAACGCGUGAGAAGAUGGGGGCCACGGAGGCGAUCGUGAUGUCGGAGGAGCUGGGCCAGGACCUGGAGCACGUGGAGGUCCUGCAGAAGAAGUUUGAGGAGUUCCAGACGGACCUCGGAGCGCACGAGGAGCGAGUGAACGACGUCGACGGCCUUGCCAACAAACUCCUUGAGGAGUCUCACCCCGAGCAGCAGCAGAUCGGCAAGCGGCAGGAGGAGCUGACGGCGGCCUGGCUGCGCCUCAAGUCGCUCGCCCUGCAGCGCCAGGAGAAGCUGUUCGGCUCCGCGGAGAUCCAGCGCUUCAACAGGGAUGUGGACGAAGCGAUCGGUUGGAUCAAGGAGAAGGAGCAGCUGAUGUCGUCCAACGACUUUGGCCGCGAUCUCGCCGGCGUGCAGGCGCUGCUGCGCAAGCACGAGGGGCUGGAGCGCGAGCUCGCCGCCCUCGAGGACAAGGUGGGGACGCUGUGCGCGGAGGCGGAGCGCCUGCAGAAGAGUCACGCGGCCAGCGCCCCGCAGAUCCAGGUGAAGCGCGAGGAGCUCAUCGAGAACUGGGAGUGCAUCCGCAACACGGCCAUCGACCGGCACACUCGCCUCGAGGACUCGUACAAGCUGCAGCGCUUCCUGGCGGACUUCCGCGACCUCACCAGCUGGGUGACGGAGAUGAAGGCUCUGAUCGGCGCCGACGAGCUGGCCAACGAGGUGGCAGGAGCCGAGGCCCUGCUGGACCGCCACCAGGAGCACAAGGGGGAGAUCGACGCCCACGAGGACAGCUUCAAGUCUGCCGACGCGGCCGGGGAGGCCCUGGUGCACGCGAACCACUACGCCUCGGAGGAGGUGCGCGAGAAGUUGACGGUGCUGGCGGAGGAGCGCACGGCGCUGCUGGAGCUGUGGGAGGCGCGGCGCCAGCUGUACGAGCAGUGCAUGGACCUGCAGCUCUUCUACCGCGACACGGAGCAGGUGGACAACUGGAUGAGCAAGCAGGAGGCGUUCCUGCUGAACGAGGACCGCGGGGACUCGCUGGACAGCGUCGAGGCCCUGCUCAAGAAGCACGAGGACUUUGAGAAGUCGCUGAGCGCCCAGGAGGAGAAGAUCACGGCGCUGGAGGAGUUUGCGACGAAGCUGAUCCAGGCGGGGCACUACGCCCGCGAUGACGUGGCGGCACGCAGGGACGCGCUGGUGGCGAGGCGUAACGCGCUGCACGAGCGUGCGCUGGCGCGCCGCGCCGCCCUGGAGGACUCGUACCGCCUGCAGCAGUUCUGUCGCGACGCCGACGAGCUCAAGAGCUGGGUCAACGAGAAGAUGAAGACGGCCACCGACGAGUCCUACAAGGACCCCACGAACCUGCAGGGCAAGGUGCAGAAGCACCAGGCGUUUGAGGCGGAGCUCUCGGCCAACCAGAGCCGGCUGGAGGCGCUGCAGCAGGGCGGGCAGGAGCUGGUGGAGGGGCGGCACUACGCGGCGGACGACGUGGCCGAGCGAAUGCGCGAGGUGCAGGAGCUAUGGGCCCGGCUGCAGGACGCCUCCGAGCUCAAAGGCGUGAAACUUCGCGAAGCAAACCAGCAACAGCAGUUCAACCGCAACGUGGAGGACAUCGAGCUGUGGCUGUACGAGGUGGAGGGCCACCUGGCCUCCGAGGACCUCGGCAAGGACCUGACGAGUGUGCACAACCUGCAGCGCAAGCACGCGCUGCUGGAGGCCGACGUGGCGGCGCACCAGGACCGUAUCGACGGAGUGAGCAUCCAGGCGAAGCAGUUCCAGGAGGCGGGUCACUUUGACGCGGACGCCAUCCGCACCAAGCAGGAGGACCUGGUGGGUCGCUACGAGGCCUUGCGCGAGCCCAUGGCCGCUCGCAAGCAGAAGUUGGCCGACUCGCUGCGUCUGCAGCAGCUGUUCCGUGACACGGAGGACGAGGAGACCUGGAUCCGCGAGAAGGAGCCCGUGGCCGCCUCUACCAACCGAGGCAAGGACCUGAUCGGCGUGCAGAACCUGCUCAAGAAGCACCAGGCGCUGCAGGCGGAGAUCGCGGGCCACGAGCCACGCAUCCGCGCCGUCGAGCAGAAGGGGGGCGCCAUGGUGGACGAGGGCCACUUUGCCAAGGAGGAGAUUGCGGGCAAGCUGGCGCAGCUGGGCGACCGCUGGGACGGCCUCAAGGCGAAGGCGGCGCAGCGCCGGCAGGACCUGGAGGACUCGCUGCAGGCCCAGCAGUACUUUGCCGACGCCAACGCGGCCGAGAGCUGGAUGCGCGAGAAGGAGCCCAUCGUGGGCAGCGGCGACUACGGCAAGGAUGAGGACUCCGCCGAGGCCCUGCUGAAGAAGCACGAGGCGCUGAUGUCGGACCUGGUGGCGUACGGCAGCACCAUCCAGGCGCUGCGCGAGCAGGCGCAGGCGUGUCGCCAACAAGUGGCACCGCUGGACGACGGCACGGGCAAGGAGCUGGUGCUGGUGCUGUACGACUACCAGGAGAAGAGCCCGCGGGAGGUCACCAUGAAGAAGGGCGACGUGCUCACCCUGCUCAACAGCACCAACAAGGACUGGUGGAAGGUGGAGGUGAACGACCGCCAGGGCUUCGUGCCGGCCGCCUACGUCAAGAAGCUGGACGCGUCGCAGUCGGCGUCGCGCGAGAACCUCCUGGACGAGUCGGGCAGUAUCCCCGCCCGGCAGGAGCAGAUCGACACCCACGAGUCGUUCACGGCGUACUACAGCCUGGCCGUGGACGUGGGCCCCGACGCGCCAGCCCCCCCGCUGCUCUCGGCUUCCCUGAAGAGUGUUGCGAAGGAGACGGGCAGUGUCUCCCAGCGCAUGCAGCAGAUUCAGGACCUGUACAAGUCGCUGCAGGAGCUGGGCGAGAAGCGCAAGGACAUGCUGGAGAAGUGCUGCCGGCGCUUCCUGCUGUCGCGCGAGGCCAAGGAGCUGGAGGCGUGGAUCAGCGAGAAGGAGGGGGCCCUGGCGGCGCACGAGACCGCCGCUGACCUCGAGCAGGUCGAGGUGCUGCAGAAGAAGUUCGACGACUUCCAGAAGGACCUGAAAGCGAACGAGUCGCGUCUGCGUGAGAUCAACCGCGUGUCCGACGAGCUGGAGGCCGACGGGCUCAUGUCCGACGAGGCGCCGCUUGUCCAGGCGCAGGUGCAGGUAAGGGAGGGGGCAUCUCCCGGCUCUGUGAAGGACGAGACCGACACCAAGAUGUCUCCGUGGAAGACGGUGAAGACGGCGGUGCAGUCCGUGGCCACCUUCAAUAGCAUCAAGGAGCUGAACGACCGGUGGAAGGCGCUGCAGGACCUCGCUGAGGAACGGUCCCAGAGCCUGGGCAGCGCUCACGAAGUGCAGCGCUUCCACCGGGACGCGGACGAGACGAUGGAGUGGAUCGAGGAGAAGAACCAGGCGCUCAACACGGACAACUUUGGGCACGACCUGGCGAGCGUGCAGGCGCUGCAGCGCAAGCACGAGGGCUUCGAGCGCGACCUCGCCGCCCUCGGCGACAAGGUGAACUCCCUGGACGAGACGGCUGAUCGGCUGACCCAGAGUCACCCCGAGUCGGCGGGCGACUUGCAGGAGAAGCGCACGGAGCUGAACCAGGCGUGGGGCGCGCUGGUCAAGCGUGCUGACCAGCGCAAGGGGCGGCUCAACGACUCGCACGACCUGCAGCGCUUCCUCUCCGACUUCCGGGACCUGAUGUCGUGGAUGAACGGGAUCCGUGGUCUCGUGUCGUCCGAGGAGCUCGCCAAGGACGUGACGGGGGCCGAGGCUCUGCUGGAGCGCCACCAGGAGCACCGCACGGAGAUGGACGCCCGCACCGGCACCUUCCAGGCGUUUGAGCAGUUUGGGCAGCAGCUGCUGGACCGCAACCACUACGCGAGCGCGGAGGUGCGGGACAAGCUGGCGGGCCUGGACGGCGAGCGCUCGGGCCUCGAGAAGGCCUGGGCCACGCGGCGCAUGAUGCUCGACCAGUGCCUGGAGCUGCAGCUGUUCAACCGAGACUGCGAGCAGGCCGAGGGCUGGAUGGCAUCGCGCGAGGCCUUCCUCGCCGUGGACGACAAGGGCGACUCGCUGGACAGCGUCGAGGCGCUCAUCAAGAAGCACGAGGACUUCGACAAGGCCAUCAACGUGCAGGAGGAGAAGAUCGCCGCGCUGCAGUCGUUUGCCGAUGAGCUCAUCUCGUCGGAUCACUACGCCAAGGGCGAGAUCGGACACCGGCGUGACGAGGUGCUCGACAGGUGGCGGCGCCUGAAGGCGCAGAUGAUCGACAAGCGCUCGAAGCUGGGCGAGUCGCAGAACCUGCAGCAGUUCAGCCGCGACGUGGACGAGAUCGAGGCGUGGAUCAGCGAGAAGCUGCAGACGGCCACAGACGAGUCCUACAAGGACCCCACCAACAUCCAGCUGUCCAAGUUGCUGGUAAGUUGCCGCGGUUAGCCGUAGCCGUCAUCUCUCUCUCUCCCCUCCCUCCCUCCACCCAUCCGUUCCACCGUCUCUGCAUGCGGGGUC